CUCCAAGAAGCCCAGGAGGAAGGGGCCCAUGGAGAAGUUUCAGAUGAUGCUGGACCAGUUCCUCAAGCACCACAGCGCGCUGAGCUACGGCCUGGUGACCCUACUGACGGCGGGCGGGGAGCGCAUCUUCUCCAGCGUGGUGUUCGCGUGCCCCUGCAGCGCCGCCUGGAACCUGUCCUACGGCCUGGUCUUCUUGCUGGUGCCCGCGCUCGCGCUCUUCCUCCUGGGGUACAUGCUGAGCGCCCGCACGUGGCGCCUGCUGACAGGCUGCUGCGCGCCUGGGGCCCGCGCCCGCUGCGGCUCGGGGCUGAGCGGCGUCCUGGUGUGCACGCACGUGAGCGCGGCCGCCGCGCUCGCGCCGCUCACCUGGGUGGCCGUGGCGCUGCUCGGGGGAGCCUUCUACGAGUGCGCGGCCAGCGGGAGCCCCUUCUUCGCGGAGCGCUUGUGCCUGGACUCAGAAGAGUGCAAGGCCCAGUUGCCGCUGGUGCCCUGCGGUCAGGCCGGAUCCCCCAAGGUGCAAGACCUUCUCAAAAUGCUCAAAGCGCAGUCUCAGGUGCUGGGCUGGAUCUUGAUAGCAGUUGUCAUCACGGUCCUUCUGGUUUUCACAGCUGUCACCAGAUGCCUAUCUCCGGUUAGUUUUCUGCAAUUGAAAUUCUGGAAAAUCUACUUGGAGCAGGAGCAGCAGAUCCUAAAAACCCAAGCCACGGAGCACGCAACCGAAUUGGCAAAGGAGAAUAUCAAAUGUUUCUUUGAAUGCUCACGUUCCAAGGAAUACAGCACCCCCAGCAUGAAAGACUGGCAGCAGAUUUCAUCACUAUAUAAAUUCAAUCCGAAUAACCAGUACUACAGCAUGCUGCACAAAUAUGUGAACAGAAAAGACAUGAGUCACAGUAUUAAAUCUUCAGAAGGAGAUGCCUUUGUUCCGAUUCUUGGCUUUGUAGAUUCCCCUGGUAUAGACACUGUCGCUGAGUUAUGACCUUUACAAUGGAGAGGGGGAAAAGGUCCUUGGAUGAGCAGUUUCAUUUUUUAAAAAGAAACAGUAGUAUUACUCGUGCCGAUCUCUUUCCCCUUCCACAUUUUAAACCAUUGUAUUUUAAAUCUGAAAUAAAAAUUUAGAAAUGAA